AUGCACAUCGAAAUCUUGCUUCUUGCGUGUGUACUGACUACAACAGCACAAAAACUCCGUACUUUUAGUGUGGCUCUUUCUAGUUCUCCAAUCUAUCCAAACGAGACGGAAAUUUUAAAUCAUACACUCUCUGCUGACUCAUCUUUCGGUGUUCUUACUCAUUUCUGGGUAACAGGCGAACCAGCACUUGAUUUCGCUACAUUUUCUUACUAUAUCGAUGGAGAAACGCAACCAUCGAUUGUAUUCAUUCCGUCCAUGCUCGUCGGCGCCGGAUUCAAUGAUCAAGCUGCACCAUGGGGUACAAAAUGGAUGGGUAAAGGUGCAAACGAACGUGGCUGGUUCAACAAUUUUCGAGUUCCUUUUCAAAAAUCAAUUCGAGUGACAGGAAAAUUGGCAAGUUCGGAAACUCAAAGUUUUACAUUGCCAAUUAAUGCACGACUUGUUUUACAAAAGAUUGAAAAUCGGUUAUAUGAAGCGUUGGACUUCGUCACGGUGGCCAAUAUUACUACCGGUCAAGGUUUUCUUCUAUCUCAUACACUAGCCGUUUCUAGUGCCAGUAUAAAUUUUAUCGAAGGCUGCUAUCAUGCUUAUACUGAAUAUGACCAACCAUUUCCCGGGGAAGGAAUUUCAACGGGUACUGAAGAUUAUUUUGAUAGCGCAUUUACAUUCGAUGCAGGACAAUUUCAUUUUGAAAUUUCAGGUUUUACACAUUUCAAAAAUCAAGAGGGAACCUUUGAAUUGUCAGCUUAUCGAAUGCACGAUAUGGAUCCUAUCUUUUUCACGAAUGGUUUCCGAUUUGUCUGGCGAAAUGGAGAUCUAUUGGAUGACAGAGGAGUUAAAUGCAUCCUUGAAUCUGGUGGACAUCCAGCUGGUUCACCAGCAAAAUCGAUUGUCACCUCUUACGCCUGGGUUUAUGUUUGGUAG